AUGUCGCUCGAAAUUCCGUUGAUGAGCACCGAUGAGGUGAUAGAACUUGAUCCUGAGCAAUUGCCAUCGGGCGAUGAAGUACUUAGCAUUUUACAACAAGAACGAUCCCAACUUAACGUUUGGAUCAAUGUUGCACUUGCAUACUACAAACAAAAGAAGAUCGAUGACUUCCUCAAAAUAUUGGAGGCGUCCCGUGUGGACGCCAACAUUGACUACAGGGAUUUUGAAAGGGAUCAAAUGCGAGCCUUGGAUAUGCUCGCUGCUUAUUAUGUCCAAGAAGCAAAUAAAGAAAAAUCCAAAGAUAAAAAGAAAGAUCUUUUCACUAAAGCCACUCUGCUUUACACUAUGGCAGACAAAAUUUUCAUGUAUGAUCAGAACCACCUCUUGGGCCGUGCUUAUUUCUGCCUACUGGAAGGUGACAAAAUGGGACAGGCAGAUACUCAAUUCAAUUUCGUUCUCAACCAAUCGCCCAACAGUGUUCCUUCUCUACUUGGAAAAGCAUGUAUUGCCUUUAACCGCAAAGACUAUAGAGGUGCUUUAGCCUUUUAUAAGAAAGCUUUAAGGACAAAUCCUAAUAGCCCUGCAGCGCUGCGUUUGGGCAUGGGACAUUGUUUCAUGAAAUUGAAUAAUCAAGAAAAAGCCAGAAUGGCUUUUGAGAGGGCACUGCAACUGGACCCACAGUGUGUAGGUGCACUAGUUGGUCUCUCCAUAUUGAAACUAAACCAACAAGAGAGUGAAUCAAACAAAAUGGCUGUUAUCAUGCUGUCUAAAGCAUAUGCAAUUGAUCCCAAGAAUCCAAUGGUUCUUAAUCACUUGGCUAAUCACUUCUUUUUUAAAAAGGAUUAUGGAAAAGUCCAACACCUGGCACUGCAUGCAUUUCACAAUACAGAAAAUGAAGCAAUGAGAGCUGAAAGUUGCCAUCAUUUAGCGAGAGCUUUCCAUGCUCAAGGUGACUGCGAUCAAGCCUUCCAGUAUUAUUAUCAGGCGACACAGUUUGCCCCACCAAAUUUUGUGUUGCCACAUUAUGGUCUUGGACAAAUGUAUAUUUAUAGAGGAGACACAGAAAAUGCAGCUCAAUGUUUUGAGAAAGUUUUAAAAGCACAGCCCGGUAACUAUGAAACAAUGAAGAUCUUGGGGUCUUUGUAUGCAAACUCACCAUCACAAUUACAGAGGGAUAUUGCGAGGCAACACUUAAAGAAAGUGACUGAACAGUUUCCAGAUGAUGUAGAGGCUUGGAUUGAGUUGGCCCAAAUUUUGGAACAAAACGAUUUACAGGGCUCAUUACACGCUUAUAGUACAGCGAUGAAGAUUCUAAAGGAGAAGGUCAAUGCUGACAUUCCAGCUGAGAUACUGAACAAUGUCGCAGCUCUUCACUACAGACUUGGCAAUUUAACUGAAGCCAUGAAAUACUUGGAAGAGGCUUUGGAAAGAGAAAAAGCAGACGCGGAGACUUUAGAUGCGCAAUACUAUAACUCCAUUGCGGUGACCACAAUGUACAAUCUGGCGAGACUCAAUGAAGCGCUAUGCAUGUACAACAAAGCAGAGAAAUUGUAUAAAGACAUAUUGAAGGAACAUCCUAAUUAUAUUGACUGUUAUCUAAGGCUGGGUUGCAUGGCUCGUGGAAAGGGUCAAAUCUACGAAGCCUCUGAUUGGUUUAAGGAGGCUCUGAAAGUGAACUUGGAACACGCAGAUUCCUGGUCGUUACUAGGCAACCUGCAUUUAGGUCAGCAGGAGUGGGGGCCCGGCCAAAAGAAGUUCGAGAAAAUAUUGCAAAACGCAUCUACUUCUAGUGACGCAUACUCCUUGAUAGCUCUUGGUAACGUAUGGCUUCAAACUUUGCACCAGCCGUGCAGAGAGAAGGACAAAGAGAAGCGUCAUCAAGAGCGAGCCCUAGCGAUGUACAAACAGGUGCUUAAGAAUGAUCCGAAGAAUAUUUGGGCUGCGAAUGGAAUCGGCUGUGUGUUCGCGCAUAAGGGCUGUGUGAAUGAAGCUCGCGAUAUAUUUGCUCAAGUCCGAGAAGCGACGGCCGAUUUUCCAGACGUCUGGAUGAACAUCGCUCACAUUUACGUUGAACAGAAGCAAUACAUCAACGCCAUACAAAUGUACGAAAACUGUAUUCGCAAAUUCCGAAAACAACAUGACGUGGAGUGGUUAACGUGGCUUGCGCGCGCGCAAACGCUCGCAGGGCGAUCGCGAGCUGCUCGCGCUACCUUAUUGCGGGCGAGACGCGUGGCGCCCCACGAUGGCGCACUGUUGUUCAACACUGCGCUUGCGCUGCGACGUCUAGCAGCUCAUGUAUUGAAGGACGAACGUUCAGAACUUAAGGUGGUGCUGCGAGCAGUGCACGAACUUCAUGUAUCUCACAGAUACUUCCAACGCUUAGCGGAAGGAACGGAGCGUGCGCGAUACGAAACGGUCGCGGCAGAAGCCGAAGCUCGUACAUGUGCAGAUCUACUGUCGCAGGCGCAAUGGCACGUGACACGUGCGCGCAGGCAGCAUGAAGAGGAGGUCACGCUGCGCGACAGACAGCGCGAACAGAGGGAGGCGUUCAGGAGACAACAGGAAGAUGAGAGGAAACGUCGCGAAGAGGAACAAGCGAAGAGCACAGUGGAAAUGCUACAGAAGCGACAGGAGUUCAAGGAGAAAACGAAGAACGCGCUACUGUUCGCAGACAUGCCAACUGAGAGCAAACCGAAGGGGCGUGGUCGGAGGCGAGACGAGUAUAUUUCGGAUUCGGGUAGCGGUAGCGAUCGGCCGAGGGAGGAGGGACGCGAACCUAAGCAGCGUAAACGUAAGCGCGAAGCUGGUGAAGGCAAGAAACGCGGACGCAAAACUCGCGAGCGCCGCGGAAGCGGAAGCGACAGCGAUCCACCUCGCAAGCGCGGCAAAAAGCGGGGCGAAAAGGGUAUUGGCCGGCGUGAGAAGGCAAAAAUGGCUGAAGAUAAGCUUGGUGCUAAGCAGCGUUUGAAGAUUGUUUCAAAGGAGACUAUUUCUACGUCUGAAUCUGAUUCGGACGCUAGUCGCAAGUCGCGUAGUCGUAGCCGCAGCCGCAGUCGCAGUCGGAGCGGUAGUCGCAGUCCACCGGCUAAUAAAGGCCGGAAGAGAAUUAUGUCCGCUUCUGAUAGCGAUAGAUCGCGAUCUAAAAGUAGAUCCAAAUCAAGAAGUCGAUCUCGGUCAGGCUCCGCCAAGAGUCGUUCCAGGUCUAAAAGCCGCUCAAGAUCCAAGAGCCGUUCUAGAUCUAAGAGCGGAUCGAGAUCGAAGUCUAGAUCUAAAAGCCGUUCUAAAUCGAGAAGUCGUUCCAAAUCUAAAUCGAGGAGUCGAUCCAAGUCAAGGAGUCGGUCCAAAUCUAGGAGCAAAUCUCGUUCGAAGAGUCGGUCCCGUUCUAAGAGUGGAUCUAGGUCCAAGAGUCGGUCUAGAUCUCGUUCAAGGUCCAAAAGCCGUUCUAAAUCUAGAUCGCGUUCGAAGAGUGGAUCUCGCAGUCGGUCUGGAUCUCGUUCUCGUUCCGGUUCUAGAUCCCGUUCUGGAUCUAGGAAUUCCAGGCCAGAAACACCCGAAUCUAGGAAGUCUGUUUCGGCGAGCGAAGAUGAAGCUUAG